AAUGAGAAAAUUAAGAAAUUGAAAUUUCAUAAUAAAAUAUCUUGCACAUUGAAAAUGCAUAAAAAUAUUUAAAAUAUUUAAAUAAAAAUGGUGAUUUAAGAUAAAUAAAUUGAUUUUUCCUGUUAAAAUAAAACAGGGAGGAGUAAUACAUUGUUUUAUCGUUUUAGAAUUACCAAAUUCGCACCGGUGCGAACACUGUAAAUUUCUACUUUCCGGUGAUCGGAGAAGAUGAUCGUUUGCGUUGCCGUCGUCGGUCACCAGAACAAUCCGCUAUACAUACAGAGCUUUACAGAAGCAGAUGAUGUCCUAAAGCUUCAUCACAUUGUUCAUUGCUCCCUUGAUGUUGUUGACGAAAGAGUGAACAAUCCAAAAAAAUCCAGCCCCACUCUGAACGAGACAUUUCUUGGCUUGCUAUAUCCAACUGAAAACUACAAAGUGUAUGGUUAUUUGACUAAUACAAAAGUGAAACUUAUAUUGGUAACAACAGAUCUUGAUGUUAGAGAUGCCGAUGUGAGAAAUUUCUUCAGGAAAUUUCAUGCCGCAUAUGUUGAUGCUGUGUCGAAUCCAUUUCAUGUUCCUGGCAAGAAGAUAACUUCCAGAACUUUUGCCGAAAGGGUUAGCACUAUCGUCAAGUCUUUUGGUUUGAGUUCAGCUAGUUGAAUCCAGUGUACCUCUGGCCCAAGCUGAUGAACGAAGUAAGGAUGAAGAGCAUAUUUUUGCAAACUAGCUGAAGGGUACUUGUCAAAUUUGCUACCUCGCAUGACAGUAACCAAAAUAGACAAGUACUUUCUGUAUAUUUUAUUUCAAUGAUAUACUGAAAAUGGUGUGCAAUAGGUAAUUACUGGUUUCAUUUUGGGUCAUGCGUACUUGCUAGACAAUUGCAUUUGUUCGAGUAAACAAAAUUUUCUAAUUUUCUACUCUGCAUCGUAGAGCCCUUGAUGCUAGCAAUAUCAUUCUCUUCUCUAA